UAGACUUCAAGUUGUUGAUCUGUGAUAACGCAAGUGGUAACCGAUAAAAAAAAGGUUUAAAUAAUUAGUUUUAGAUUUUUUCGCUCUGAAUUAAUUUGUAUUUUUAAAAGGACUAAAAUGGUUUACGGUAUUUUUAUAUAAUUAUUGUGUGAUAACUUUGAAUGUGAGAAAAAAGACAAAAAGUAGCAAGUCCAUCCUAUUCAAAAUGAUUGACGUGAUAACAUGCGCGCUGGCAGUGAUAUUCUUCAUAUUCCUUGGCUACAGACCUCCAUGGUACAAUAAAAAACUUCAAGAAUUCCAAACGAAAGAAAUACAAAAUAUUCCUGGUCCUUUGGCCUUACCGAUUCUAGGAACCAGAUGGCUGUUUAGCAUAGGAAGAUACAAAAUGAACAAAAUCCACGAGUAUUAUAUUGAAAUGAGGGAAAAAUAUGGAGGAAUAUUUAAAGAAGAAGCUUUGUUUAAUAUUCCUGUAAUCAGUGUUUUUGAUAAAAAUGAUAUUGAAAAAGUUUUGAGAAAUACAUCAGGGAAAUAUCCAAUACGUCCUCCUACUGAAGCUAUUGCAAAGUUCAGGUCAGAACAUCCUGAGCGGUAUGCAAGCACAGGUUUAACUAACGAACAAGGUGAAAAAUGGCAUUUCCUAAGAACAUCUCUGACGACAGUUUUAACCAGCCCAAAAACAAUCCAGGAUUUCUUGCCUCAAAUGAAAGACAUAGCCGAUGAUUGGUGCCAUUUGAUAAAACAAAAACGGGACGAGGAUGGAUUUAUUAACAAUUUGGAAGAACUUGCAGGCAGAUUGGGAUUAGAAGCCACGUGUGCACUCGUACUGGGUCAAAGAAUGGGUUUUCUAAUAGAAGAUCAAAAUCACGAAGUAGCAGAAAAAUUGGCAAAAUCAGUUCAACAAAAUUUUGUCGCUUGUAGAGAUACGUAUUAUGGGUUGCCUCUAUGGAAACUAUUUCCCACAACUUGCUACAAAAAGCUGUGCGAGAGUGAAAACGAUAUGUAUGAAUUUGCUUCAGAACUGAUAAACACUGCUGAUGAAUCUAUAAAAAAUAGUGUUGUGUUCCAGUCCGUCUUGAAUGCAAAUAUCGAUGAAAGAGAAAAGAAAUCAGCUAUAGUAGAUUUUCUGGCAGCAGGAAUUCACACCCUAAAAAACAGCCUACUUUUUUUGUUAUACCAAGUUGCAAUGAACCCAGAGUGCCAACAAAAAAUAAUCAAAGACUCUACCAAAUCCUACCUAAAGGCAUGUUCCAUGGAAACCUUCCGACUAUCUCCAACAGUGAACUUUUUAGCAAGAAUAACUGAUGCCGAUAUGGAAGUAGCAGGCUACCAUUUGAAUGCUGGCAGUGUCAUUCUUUGUCACACCGCUUUAGCGUGUAAAAAUGAUAGUAACUUCAAAGAAGCCGAAAAGUUUAAACCAGAAAGAUGGUUGAAUGAAGAAAAGAGCCAAACAUCAGCAAGUGCAGCAUUUUUGGUAACGCCCUUUGGUUACGGCAAAAGAAUUUGUCCUGGAAAAAGAUUCAUAGAACAAGUACUUCCUGUAAUUUUAGAUAAAAUGGUUGAGAACUUUGUGAUCAGUGUAGAGAAACCGAUGGAAAUAGAAUUCGAGUUUUUAGUGUCACCUAAAGGCAAUGUUUCUAUGAAUUUUACAGAUAGAGUUUAAGUAGAUAAUUUUAUACAAACUUUCUCAAUGGUAACAGAUAAUUACGCACUUUAGUGAGAAAAUUUGUUUUUUAAAACCAGUUUUAAUGGAUAAUGAGAAACUUUAAAGAAGACUGAGAAGUAUAUUAUUUUUUAUAAAUAUUUUUAAUAAAUUAUAUUUGAUGGACAUGGAUUUUUAUUUGUAAAAACC